AUGGCCGCCAAGGUCGAGCACCGGCAAGAGAUCGAGGCGCUGCGCAAGCAGGUAGCAUCGCUCUCGUCGUCUCAUCAGCUGCUGGUUGCGACGCAGCACGCAGCGCAGAGCCUCGAGACCGAAGUCGCGCACCUAAAGCGGGAGCUUGCGGUGAGGGCAAGCGAAGCCACGGCGCUGCGUGCCAUGCUCGACGUUGCCCAAGACGCACGGAAGCGCUCAGAACAGCGACAAGAGAAGGUGAAGCCUCCAUCGACGCACGCUGCGAGCUCCUCGACGCGGCUGAACGAACUGCUUCGGACGCAGCUGCUCGCAGCGCAGAAAGAGAACGCGCAUCUUACGCAGCUGAUGGCGUUGAAGGACCACGACAUCAAUGUCCAUAGCAACAACCUUCGGCAAGCACGCGAGCGGCUGCGUCAGGUGCACGGCGAGCUCGACGACAUCCGGCGUGCAACGCUGUCAAGCGUCGACGUCCAAGUCAAGGCAGCGCCGCCCAUCACAGACCGGCCUUCGCUCCAACGGUCCUCCGAGAUGGAGAAGGGAUGGAUCCUGUACACGACGCCGAUGGCCCACGACGACGACGACGGCAAUGAUACGUCGGCGCUUUACCGGGAGCUCAACAAGCUACCGCCGCCAGUGCGGUCGCAGCUGCUAAAGAUGAUCGAGCCCAUCGUCGGUGGUGCGCAUGUGAAUAUCGACGAGGUGCUACCCAACUUGCCGCCAGAGGCCCUCGACGGCCUCCUCGUGAGCUUGAUGCCUGUGCUUUCGCGUCACGGCCGGCAGGUCCAGGUGUACACUCGCAUGCGCCGGUCGAUCGUGACGGACGCCCGCAUCGUUUCCGAGCACGACGACGAACACGAGCGCCGAAGCACCGCCGCGUCGCUCCACGACAUCCUCCCAAGUCCGCGCGAGCGCAUCUCGUCGCAGUCCAAGCCCAACCCGUAUGGCGCCGACCACCUCUUUAGCCUCCACGACUCGGGCGACGCGUCCAUCGCGGUGCUCCACGGACCACGAGAGUUGCAUCCGACCAAGCCGUACUUUGUCUCGCGCGCGCUCCAAGCACCGCCGACGCCACCGAUGAACCGCGUCUCUGGUGGGUCGACGAGCGCCAUGAUGAACCACCCGACGAGUCCGUACGUUGUCAGUGGCGAGCCGUCGCCGGACGCCGCCCACCACCCAACCCGCUUCAACUCGCUCUCGUCCAAAGCGAAGAAGCUCAUGGGCUUGAGCUCCCGGUCGUCGACGCCGCAGCGCACACCGACCCGGUUCGUGCACGAGAAGGCGACGUGCGACGGCUGCCAGCGCAGCCCCAUUGUUGGACCCAAGUGGGUCUGCCGGAGCUGCGCCCACGUCGAGCUCUGCGACAAGUGCUACGCGUACGGCGUGCACGGCCACGACCACGACGAAGAGCUCUUUGACCGCGUGCUCCAGCGCAUGCUGUCGCAGUACCCGCGCCUGGAGCCGGAAGACGAGCUCCUCGACUUGCUGCGCCAUGACAUUUGCAAGAUGAGCCUCAAGAAGUUUUCGUUCUGCCUCACGUGGAUCGGCCACCUCCUCGAUGGGAAGACGUCGGCUGACCUCCGCGCGCGCGCCCUCGAGAUCACCAAGCUCCAGGCCGACGUCGGCAACCGCUUCGUUACACUACUCACGCGGCUCAUGCAGCUGCGAAAAGACAUUCAAGUGGCGUCCGAGUGGAUUCCGGACGAAGCCGCGCCGCACGAGAUGGUGCUGCGGCUCUGGAUCGUCGACACCCCAAGCAACUAGAUAGUUCAACGCGUUAUAUACGGUGCUUACUCGUCCGUGACGCAGCCCAGCGACGCCG